AUGAGUUGCCAAGCUUUUUCCAGGAAUAUUGGGCCGGCGCUGAUCGCUUGGUUCUUGUUGAUCGCCCUGACGUCUAUGUAUUUAUUUUUCAUUUGUUGGGAGUUCAGCCAUCAAACGAGUUAUAGUCUCAUAAUUGCCCAUUCAUUUUUGAUAACAUAUGUCGUUUGUACAUUCGGAAGAGCUACAUUCAUGGACCCGGGUUACCUCCCCGUGGGUAAUGCUUCCAUGGUGUGUUACUUGCGAGAUUUACCGACCCCCCAGAUGCUCCCAUUGUUCUAUUUGCAAACACUGUAUCGAUGUAAGUGCUCUUUUCUUUCACGAUUGAUCUUGCAGACCUUCGAUCAUCACUGCCCCUGGUUGAACAACUGUAUAGGAAAACGGAAUUACCGUUACUUUUUGGCUUUCCUACUAUCGUUGACCGCACAUAUGCUAAUCACAUUUGGGAUAUCCGUUACGUUCGUUUUAAUGCGAACCGAUCGUUUGUCUAGUUAUCCAGUUAUUAUUGCGUAUCCUUUGCUGGUUUAG